AUGAGGCGCCGCUGCCUCGUGACUCUCCUGCGUGGCCGCCGCACGCUGUCAACUACCGCCACCACACGGAACAAUACCGCUAGAACGUCAACAACAAUAAAAGGGGCAGCAGACGCCUCACUCUUUGCGUUACCGCGGGAGCGUCAAAUCAAGAAUGGGCUCCAGUCGGACUGGCGUGAGCAAGUGCGACGGUCCGGUUCAAUUCUCAACGACAUUUCGCCCGCGUUGGGUGACAGCAGCCGCACCGACGAGCAGCGACGGCGUGUUGCCGGGUGGCAACCGGUGGUGAAGCUGCUAGGUGACCAACAGCUGCGUGUUGCGAUUGUUGGGCGCAUGAACUGCGGCAAGUCAUCUCUCUUUAACCUGCUGAGCGAGGAUGUGACGAUGCCUGGUCGCAAGAAUGUCGUGCGCGACUUUGACGGUAUUACCCGCGACUCGGUGGAGGGUCGCGCGCAGCUGGAGGAGAUGGACUUUACGGUCAUCGACACGCCGGGGAUGGUCAACGGGCGGCUGGUGGAGGAGGCCUUCCGCACUGUCGAGACGGCGGAUGCGGCUAUUUUCGUGACGGCGGCUGACGAGGACAUCACACCCGCGGAGCUGGACCUUAUCGACUACUUGCAGCUCAAGCGCAUGCCGGCGUUUGUGCUUGUGAACAAGAUGGAUCUUGUCCCACUGGAGGAGGAGGAUCGCGUGUUGGCGCGGUACAACACACUCGGCCUCGGCAACGCAAUUCCAUUCUCGGCGCGUCGCAAGUCCGGGUUGGAGAUGCUGGCGGCUGUGCUGGAGCCGCUGCACCACAUCCACGCAAUGCAGAAGGUGGAGAACGACUGGGAUAUCGAGGACCUCGCCAUGCAAGGCGACGAAGCCGCAAUGGAAGAGAUUCGGGACCGCAAUUGCACCGACCGCUUUAUCCGUGUCGCCAUUGUUGGGCGGACGAAUAGCGGCAAGUCUAGUUUGAUUAAUAGACUAGUCGGUUUUGAGCGCAAUCGCGCUGUGGAUGAGAAAAACUCCACGCGCGACCCCGUGGAGCUGUCGUGUAUCUACAAGGGCCGCAAGCUAAAGCUCAUUGAUACAGCCGGCCUGGCGCGGCACCGGUACCGUGCGGAGCGCGACUUCAUUGGCCGAAUCCACGCCCUGUCGGUGAACGAGAUUCGCUACGCGCACGUGGUGAUCGUCGUGUUCGACGCCACGGAGGGGCACCCCAACAAGUACGAUAUGGCCAUACUGCACUCCAUCGCGGCUGAGGGCCGGCCCUUCCUGCUGUGUGCGAAUAAAUGGGACGCGGUGCUGGAUCAAAGCGCCACCGCUGAGGCAAUUGACUUCAAGAUCAAGCGACAGGUACAGGAGGUGAAGUACAGCAACGCCGUCGUUGUGUCGGCACACACCGGACUUAACCUUACACUGUUAAUGGACCAGGCGUUGUUGUUGUAUGACAAAUGGAACAAGCGAGUGCGCCGCGCAGAGCUGACGAGGCUCUGGCGCAAGAUGGAGAAGUCUGUCAUAAUCCCCUAUCACGUUGCCCGUGUGGGGCGCAUCACGCAGGUCAACACCCGUCCACCAACAUUCUUGCUGCACUUGCAGACAAAAAACGAUGCGAACACAUUGCCCAAGGCAUUACAGGAAAUGAUGAAGAACACGUUGGUGGAGGAGUUUGACUUCCGCGGCGUCCCCAUUCGCCUCAUUCAGGAGGUGAAGGAUUCUAACCCUGAUUACAUCUAG